AUUUUAUGGUUUAUAGUUUGAGAAAAAAAGUUUUAUCCAAACCAAACAAUCAAAAACAAAAACUACAAUGAAUUUUAAAUUAUUUUUGUUCGUAUUCCUUGCAUUAGUUGCGUUAGCAACAGCUCAAUUUCAGAGAGGCGGAGGAAUUGGCGGACAAAGUGGAAGAGGCGGAGGACUUUCAGGAGGUAAUAGAGGCAGUGGAGGAGGAGGAUAUGGAGGUGGGCGAGGUGGGCAACAAAGUGGUGGUCGAGGAGGAUAUGGACAAGGACAAGGGAACUUAGGUUGAAAUCAAAAUUAUGUGAUUUUAAAAAUUAUUUUGAUUUUUAUAAAAAUUUGUUAAAUUGUACUUGGUACUUUUGUUAUUUUUGUAGUAUUAUAAAAUUACGUCAGACUUGAUAGCAAUAAAAAAUAUUUCACAAUUUUAA